UUCCCUUCUCUCACUCAUUCCACUCCCACUUAACUUCCAGCUGCCUCAGUUUUGGGUGGCGCAGCCGAAACAAACCCCCCAAUUUCUCUCUCUCUCUCUCUCUCUCUCUCUCUCAAAAUAUGGCACUGUUAGCAGCCGCCGUCAAGCGAGCCACAUCGAUGUCGCGAGCCUUCUCUCCAAUCCUCCGUUGCAUGAGCAACGUGCCGGAAAACACCGUAUACGGUGGGCCAAAGCCCCAAACCGACCAGAGAGUCACGGUGACCCACUUGAAGCAGAAGCACAAGAAGGGCGAGCCGAUCACCAUGGUCACCGCCUACGAUUACCCUUCUGCGGUGCACUUGGAUUCCGCCGGCAUAGACAUUUGCUUGGUCGGCGAUUCGGCGGCGAUGGUGGUUCAUGGCUACGACACCACUCUGCCCAUCACGCUUGACGAAAUGCUUGUUCACUGCCGAGCUGUGGCGCGUGGCGCCAAGAGGCCGCUUUUGGUUGGGGACUUGCCGUUUGGGUUCUAUGAGUCUAGCUCCAAUCAGGCUGUCGAUACGGCGGUGAGGGUUUUAAAGGAGGGAGGAAUGGAUGCGAUUAAGUUGGAAGGAGGGGCACCUUCGAGGAUUACUGCGGCAAAAUCCAUCGUUGAAGCUGGAAUUGCCGUGAUGGGGCAUGUGGGACUUACUCCCCAGGCCAUUAGUGUUCUUGGGGGUUUUAGGCCCCAGGGAAGGAAUGUUGCUAGUGCUGUAAAGGUUGUGGAGACAGCCCUGGCUCUGCAAGAAGCUGGGUGUUUUUCUGUUGUUUUAGAAUGCGUACCUCCACCAGUGGCUGCUGCUGCAACGUCUGCUCUUCAGAUUCCUACCAUUGGCAUUGGUGCAGGGCCUUUCUGUAGUGGGCAGGUGCUAGUUUACCAUGAUCUUCUUGGAAUGAUGCAACAUCCACAUCAUGCCAAGGUUACCCCGAAAUUCUGCAAGCAGUUUGCACAUGUUGGAGAAGUCAUCAACAAAGCUCUAGUAGAAUACAAGGAAGAAGUGACUAGUGGUACGUUUCCUGGUGCUACACACAGCCCAUAUAAAAUCAGUGCUGCUGAUGUUGAUGGCUUUUCAAGUGAGUUACAAAAGUUGGGUUUCGACAAGGCGGCAUCUGCAGCAGCUGAAGCAGCUGAGAAGAUCAAUAGAGGCGAAUAACCAUGAGGCAACCCCAAAAGUGACCGGUAAGGGCCAACCUAACAUAGCAUUUAGCCAGGGCUCGUGGUAGUUGGUUAUUACCGAUUCAAUUCAAGGUUGCAUAACAAAGUAAAUAGGUAUGAAAUGAAAAUGAGCAACAUUCAUGCGGUCUCUUGGAAACUCUCAACACAACGGACUUGCCUUGUCUUUGUGACAAUAAGAGUUUGAAGGAACAUGACAAAUCUAUCUUCUGUAACAGUGAGGUAUCCGGAUUGUGCAGUUCGGUUCCCCCUUGUAAUAGAAAAGUUUGAUCCUUUUGCAUAAAGUUAUGUUCGGAAUUUCGAAGCAAAUUCACAAAUAAAGAUUUGAAGCCAUUUCG